GUGCGGAGCGGCGGCGGCGCCGGGUCCACGCAGGCGUGUGCGCUCGGACCCCGGCGCGGAGGGCGGGCGGGCGGCCUGACUGACGUCCGCGCGGCCGCCCCCGCCCCACGCGCCCCGCCCCCGCCUGGUCGGCUCCGAGGCUCCGGGCUCGGGGCUGCGGCGCUCGCCUGGCCUCCCGCCCCGCCAGCGGCCCAUUCCCUCCGCAGCGGCCGAGCCGGCGGCCACGCGACCCCGGGCGGCGAGCGAGCGCGCGCGCGGAGCGGCAACCUGGAGGAUGAAGUGCAAGCCGAACCAGACGCGCACGUACGACCCCGAGGGCUUCAAGAAGAGGGCGGCGUGCCUGUGCUUCCGCAGCGAGCGCGAGGACGAGGUGCUGCUGGUGAGCAGCAGCCGCUACCCGGACCGCUGGAUCGUGCCGGGCGGGGGCAUGGAGCCCGAGGAGGAGCCGAGCGGCGCGGCCGUGCGCGAGGUGUAUGAGGAGGCGGGCGUCAGGGGCAAGUUGGGCCGGCUGCUGGGCGUCUUCGAGCAGAGCCAGGACCCCAAGCACAGGACCUACGUGUUCGUCCUGACCGUCACCGAGGUCCUGGAGGACUGGGAAGACUCGGUGAGCAUUGGCAGGAAGCGAGAGUGGUUCACGGUCGAAGAUGCCAUCAAGGUCCUGCAGUGCCACAAGCCCGUGCAUGCCGAGUACCUGCAGAAACUAAAGCUGGGCGGUCCCCCCACCAACGGAAACUCCGUGCCCGGGAGCGACCCCUAGUGAACAGCAAGAUCUUCGGGAUUGCUUUCAAAGAAUCAUCAAUGUGAAGCAUAGAUCUAUGGCAUUGUCAAGCGCAGACAACCACUUCCAUGUUUCCAAGGAGACAGCGCAUCUGGGUUUCCUGCUACAUCUUGGGACAGCCCUCCCCUGGCUAUUCUACUGACUCCUCUUGCCUUGGUUAUUGUACUGUGUAUGUGAACAUGCUCUUAAUUCAGCACCAAUAGCCUUUUGUUGUGCUUUUUGAUGUUUCUGCCUUCUCGAUUAGACUAUGAUAUCCUGGAGAGCAAGGACCACGUUUCCUUACUCUUUGCAUAGUUUGCAUCUGGGACAUUACUUGAAAUAUGGUUGACAACACUGAAGGUUCUUUGGUAUAAUUUAUAUUUUGUCAUCACUACGUGGCAAAACAUUCCCCUUCCACUGCGGUGCUUGUAGGGUGGAUAUGCUAGGCACCAUGUAUGUGUGGCUUUUCUGUAUCAGGUGUUUUGGAAACUGUUCCAGGCAGUUGUAAGAUGUUGAAGGACAAGAAUUAUUACUCAUAUUUCUAUGUCAUACCACACAGUGGCUAGCACAGUUUUAAGAUUACCCCAUCACUUAGGACAACAAUUUGUAGACUCAGUUCUUUGUGUAACAACUUCAGUGUUUUUGUACUGUUGCUAAUCUGCUUAAAAGUUUAUUCCC